UUCCCGCGAGAGCACAAUCCGAUUAAGGAGUACGAGGAAGAGGAUCGACUUGUUUGUUUGGGUUUUGGCAGGUGAAAUGGGGUCUCUUUCCUCAAUUGUCUGCACAUUGGGACUUUCUGUCCUGCUCGCGGCCACGUUAGUAUCUUCAGAUGUAUUCGACAGCGUCUUGGGAAAUACAGCGUCUUGCCAUAAGUCAUGUGAAAUGACAUACAGUUUGCACACCUAUCCGCGGGAGGAGGAACUAUAUGCCUGUCAGAGAGGCUGCCGUCUGUUCUCCAUUUGUCAGUUUGUCCGUGACAGCGAAGAUUUAAAUCAGACCAAAGCUGAGUGUGAAUCAACCUGUCGCGAAGCCUACACCCAGUCUGAUGAGCAGUAUGCAUGCAACCUGGGCUGUCAGAAUCAGCUCCCCUUCGCUGAGCAGCGGCAUGAGCAGUUGGAGGGCAUGAUGCCUAGGAUUCAUCUUCUGUACCCCCUGACUCUGGUCAGAGGUUUCUGGGAUGAUGUAAUGAGUCAGGCCCACAGCUUCAUUACUUCCACAUGGACUUUCUACCUCCAGGCUGAUGAUGGCAAAGUUGUCAUUUUUCAGACUGAACCAGAAAUUAAAUUUUUCUCCCAGUUGGAACUAGAAAGAGAUGUUAAAGAGGAACCACAGAGGAACUUUGCUGGACUGAGCAACCCCGUAUAUAAAGACUACCAACGCACUUUAAUCCAGGAAAGGGACAGAGACAUGACCAGGGACCACAUCUAUAAUGAUGACUACAAUCUCUUCAGCUGUCUCUCAAGGAAUCCUUGGCUACCAGGUUGGAUCCUUACAACAACUCUGAUCCUGUCCGUGUUUGUCCUGAUCUGGAUCUGCUGUGCCACUGUGGCAACUGCUGUGGAUCAGUAUGUACCUGCUGAGAAAUUAAGCAUCUAUGGAGACAGUGAAUACAUUAAAGAAAAGAAACUGAUCCCAUAUCCAGCAUCCUCCCUGCUGAUCAUCACCUCCAAAGGGCCAGAGGAAGCUGGACCACUCCCCUCCAAAGUGAACCUGGGCCAGUCUAACAUCUAAAAGCCAAAGCUCUACAACAAAAGGGAUAUCCUCCUUUAUGUAUAAUCUCUAAUUGAUUUUUACCUUCUGGCUUAAGACCUGUACUGCUUGUAAGUCUUAAGUCUCUACUUUGAGAACCUUUUUGUUUUUUUUUGUUUUUUAAUUGCCUCCUGUCCAUUUGAAGCUUUUAAAGUACGAGUGAUAGUUUUUUCUGUAUAUUGGUAUAAUUGUGGCAUUAUAGUACAGUGACGGCAGUACAAGUCCAAAAGAUUUUGUGGGGGGGUUUAUUGCAAUUUUGAUGUGUGCAUUAGGUUCCCGUUGGUGUGCUUACUUUAUUGAAUGUUUAAAGGAACUCUUUGUGACUUGAAGUGAUGGCGAACUUCUUCGAAACCCUCAACUUUUGAUAAAAUCGGUUGUGGUGAUGCUGCAGACCUGCCCUGCUUGGUUUUUGUUUCUAAUGAGGUGAUAUCCUGUUGAUAUUGAAUUUUACAGUAAAAUUUUCAGCUCUUAAUCUAAAUUGAUUAGUGAUGGUACAAACAGUAAGUUCUUCCUGCUUAACUGUUGUCUCUUCUCAUCAUGAGUUGAAUUAAAUACACAAGAGUGAAGCUAU